CGGGGCUGGAGUGCAGGGGGUGGUCGCCGGGAUUUGUGGACCAGCGAGCGCGUCCCUCGCGGCGGCGACGGAUUACGUGACGCCGGCAUGCUAUCCCCCGGGAUCUCAGCUUGCCCUGGCCGCCUCUCACCCUCAGCCCCACGUCGUUGAUCCCGCGAUGACGCCCACCUCGGCGCCGGUGCCGACACCGACCACGGCGUCCGGACCCAACAACCCGGUCGCCAUGAGCCAGCUGGGGACCGUUUACGCCACCAAAAGGAGACGCCGGAACGGAAAAAGUUUGAAACCACCGCAAAAGGAUGGCGUGACGAAGUCGAACCCCAGCAAACGACACCGGGAACGGCUGAACGCAGAAUUGGACACGCUGGCGUCGUUGCUUCCGUUCGAGCAAAACAUCCUCAGCAAGCUGGACCGGCUCAGCAUCCUCAGACUCAGCGUGAGCUAUCUGCGAACGAAAAGCUACUUUCAAGUGGUGAUGCACAAAGACAAAGAGGAGAACUCGCACCACGACACUCACUACAGGGCGAGGGAGUUGGCCGCGUUCGCAGCUUACGAUCAUCAUCAUCUCGACGGCGAAAUGUUCCUUCAGGCGCUGAACGGGUUCCUGCUCAUCCUGACCUGCGACGGAGAGGUGUUCUUCGCCACUCACAGCAUAGAAAGUUACCUUGGCUUCCAUCAGUCCGACAUCGUGCACCAGAGUGUCUACGAGCUGGUGCAUAGCGAGGACCGAGAGGAAUUGCAACGGCAGCUGAUGUGGAACUCUUUUCUGCCUACCGAGAGCGCCAGUCUGCCCCUUCACGACGCCCUUUCGCCGCAGCACAGCCAUCUUCUUGAGCGCAGCUUCACCGUCCGAUUCCGGUGCCUCCUGGACAACACUUCCGGCUUCCUGCGUUUGGACAUCAGAGGACGCGUCAAGAUCCUCCACGGCCAGAACAGGAAGACCGAGGAACCACCCCUGGCUCUGUUCGCUCUUUGCACCCCGUUCGGGCCACCCUCCCUGCUAGAAGUCCCGCAGAAGGACGUCAUGUUCAAGAGCAAACACAAGCUGGACUUGGCGUUGGUCUCCAUGGACCAGCGAGGGAAGAUGCUGUUAGGCUACUCGGACGCCGAGCUGGCGAACCUCGGUGGCUAUGAUCUAGUCCAUUACGACGACUUGGCUUACGUUGCCAGCGCCCAUCAAGAACUGUUGAAGACUGGCGCGUCGGGAAUGAUUGCCUACAGAUUCCAGAAGAAAGAUGGCGGCUGGCAGUGGCUGCAGACUAGUUCUAGACUGGUUUACAAGAACUCGAAACCUGACUUCGUCAUCAGCACGCACAGACCUCUCAUGGAGGAGGAGGGCAGGGAUCUGCUGGGAAAGCGGACGAUGGACUUCAAAGUGAGCUACUUGGACGCCGGCCUGACCAACAGUUACUUCUCGGACAGCGACAGCCUGACCGGCUCGGUGAUGACACCGACGCUUCCGACGCAGCCGACGUCCCAGCGAGUGAACAGGCGGUACAAGACGCAGUUAAGGGACUUCCUGUCGACCUGCCGGAACAAACGUACCAAACUUUCCGCGCAGUCGUCGGUGUCGCCGCCGGUGACGCCCACGGUCGCGUCCGUGGAUUAUCUCGCGGCGGAUACGAGCGCGGCCGCGGCGGUCGCGGCCGCUUACAGCAACUUGAACACCAUGUACCCGACCCCGUACGCGCCUACGGCGGUCGCGGCCAGCACGGAUCCUUCCCUGACCACGUACAUCGGCCACACGGGCAAUUACCAUCAGACUUUAUAUCCGGCGACCGCGCUGGACAAUAGGUACCUCACAGCAGCCACGGAGAACCUGUUCCAGUACAGGCCACUGGGCUCCUACUACCCGGAGUACCACACGAGCACGGCGUACAACGGGUUCAUCGACGUCUCCCUUCCGACCUACGAGACGCACCAGCUGACCAGCAAAGCGGAGGAGAAGCUGUACUGCCAGCAACUGGGCGAAUCUCCGAAAUACGGCUACGUGGAGACGAGACACCCGAGCAGCGUCAGCGGGUCGCCGUACGCGGCCAGUCCUGUCGCCAGUGCAUCCGCGAUGCACACCGCGACCACGGACAUCAACAUCGUUCGAGCCGGAAGCAGACACUCCCUGGAGGGCGGAGCCUCCUCGAGCAACUCCGCGGGGAGUUCGCCUGUAACCGGGCCGACGAACGGCGUCCUCACCCCGAAGAUAGAGGACGUGAAGCCGGAGGUGUACGGGAACGAGGCGCCCAGACAGACUGUUCUGAUGUGGGGCGCGCCUCCGUCCCGCACCCCUCCGAGGAACAACGGCAGCUACAGCCCCCCGACACCUCACUCGACCCACUCGUCCACGCAUUCGACCAACGCGAACGCCGGCGACCCCCUAAAGUCCCUAGCCGAGAUGAACUCGAUGAACGGCGAGUGCAAGUGGAGGCAAACGUCGCCCAGCGAGCCCCAAACCACGGCGCCAAGCUCUCCAAGAACUAAGGCGCAACCCCAACAGCAUCAGCAUCAUCAGCAGCAGCAACAGCAGCAACAACAACAGCAGCAGCAACAACAGCAACAACAGCAACAACAACAACAGCAACAUCAGCAGUACCCGGUGACCACGUCACAGUAUCAAGCGGCAGCGGCUGCCGCGGCCGCGGCCGCAGCCGCGGCGGCCAGCACUAUCGGAUACGCGCACUCUCAUCCUGGCCAUGGCCAUGGGGAAGCGGGCUCCGAGGUAUGGCAAGGAGUGCAACACCAUCACCACUACCAGUACUAUCCCUACCACCAUCACCACCCCGCACCACCAAGGCACGCGCCCCACACGCCCCCGUCAGCUGUGGCAACGGGGACGGGAGUCGGCAUGUCCAUCGGCCCGGACAGCAACACCAACAACAACAACGUCUUGUACCAUCCUCCGCACCACCACCCCCAACAUCAGCACGUAGUGGGAUCAUCAGCGGGGGGAAUGGGCCCAACUGUCCCACAGAUACCAAACCGGACGCCGGGAGUCCUCUGCUGUCCAUCUCUGAGGUGACUAACACCCUGCUCAACCAAUAGUCUAUACGUGACCUCCGCAUCGCUUCGUUUUAGUGAUCAAGGUAUCUCAGAGAAAUUAGUUUCACCGAGGCGGAUCGCAGAACGCGUGACUGUACCAUACAGAUAAUAUUGGUUAAACUGUUAAGAGUAUUCCCCUCUCUCGUAUAGUGCUGUAACAUACUCAUUACAGUUAACGUAAAAACGACGACGUUGCUACGACGUACAUGUAUGUAUGCCUGAUUAUGUUAAUUCGUCCGUAUUGUUAAGUUGCACAGGAAAGUUCUCCGAGGGACGUGCAGAGUUUGAUGUUCUUCUUGAUCCGCGGACACGCGUGAAAGGUGAUGAUUAUGGGAUCCGUUGAUCCCUCGAUCGUGCAUACCGUAGAUCGACCGGUCAAGUAUGAUAAACGAGCACGAAAAACAUUAUCGAGCGAACGCGAACGUUGCUUGAUCCGAUCCCUAACGAAACGUCGAUUCCAGAGAAAAACGCAAAAAUUAAGCAAUUCCGUAAAACAACCCUAAUCGAACAUGAUCGCGCGAACGUAGAAUGGUCUGUAAAAUAAUGUCUUCGAAGCUGUGCACACGGAUUCUGUGAUAUACGAUUAAAUCUAGAGAUACUAGGAACGGCUGCUCUAACAAUUUCGUUUCCUCCCCUCCCUACAAAACAAAGCUGAUAAUUUGGGAUCCAUAGAUCGUACUUCGGCCUCGUCCUUGGUGAAAAAUAAAAGGAGACGCGCGUGAACCGAGAAGAACACAAACACGAGACAACUCUCCCGAUCCGGUCGAACCCCUCAGUCUUGCCAAUGCGUUUCUGUUAAUAAGUUUGUAAUUUUUGUACUUAAUUAAUUUAUACGCUAUUUAUGUACAUGUGUAGUUGACGUUUAGCGAAGCUAGACGAGCCUUCCAUAAUUUUAAUAGGACGUGUACUAUCAUUUUCUGCGAACGUUGAGAGCCGUGCUCGAAGAAACGGGACGACAAGAGACAACCAUAACCGGCGAGAAAACGUUUUAAUUGUCGACGAUGAAUCGAUCGAUCGACACCUGCCGCGUUCGAACGAACGGACGUACGGACGACCCGAGUGAUUUCAAUGCUUCGAAUCUUCAUUAAUUCUGGGGGGCUACGGGGGGGCAAGAAAGGGGAACGCCGUUUUUAUCAGUUCGCGUCGAGUAUACAUAUCAGGAAUGAAAAAUAUAGGAAGGUUAACGACGCGUGGUCGUCCCCCUUUCUACUGCACUCUCGAGAUAUAAAUAUAUAUAUAUACAUAAAAAGAGAAGAAGAUUAUAUAUAUAUUGUAUUAUUUGCUAGUAGAAAUGUUUAAAUCUUACGGAUAGCAUGAUUAAUGAUUUGUAAGGCUACCAGCGACAUCUUUUUCCUUCGAAUCCACGCGUCUUUUUGAUCUUUCAACUACGAUUAUUCUCUACUUUACCUACUUCAUGUCGUUAUAGUGUUAUACAAUAUACGAAACUAUUUUGCUAUGAUUAUUUGUAAACGUUCAGUCCGCUGAUUGGCUUCGCGGUAGACGCGUCGAGACUUUUUACCUGGCGUGCCCCACCGCCGCGAGUCUUUCUUUACUUUCACAUCUUCUUUUUAUUCAAUUCGCCGUAACAACAGUCGAAGGAACGAUCAACGUCUCGAUUAUGAUUGUCUUAAUAUUUUUUUGCGCAUUGUUGAACACUUCUGACUUGUGUUCAACGAACGGGGCACGUCGUUAACGAGUCUCGACAACUCCACAUUGUAAAUUUACAUCUUUGUAACAGCUUGAAACUACGUUUCUUUGCAAUAUCGUAUGAAGAUCUACUAUUAUAAGUAAUUGAGUCUAGUCCAUACAUAAAAAGCGAAUUAAUGAUAUCCACUAUGCUUAAAUUGUAACAAUGUUCUCGCUGGCGCAUCCACCCUGGUGACAAUCUUGCUCGACGAAUUUUACUUGGCACUCUGCCGACUGUACGCAAAACGCACGUCUGUGGAAACCACGUUGCCCGUGUGGUUUCAUUUAUUAACUUGCAAACGCGAGUAGAGGAUCGUGAUUUAAUUACGCGGAAAAUUGUUUGGGAUUUGUUUUGAAUGGGCUUUCCGAACGAGGUAUGAUUACUGUGAUUUCAGGGUUGAUAAUCGACCACCCCCUCCCCCUUUUAAUCGUUCGAUCACAGUGGUGAGAAUAUUUUGACAGUUUAAGCAUACAUGUAUAUUUACUGUAUAUGUAAAGUAAGGUAUCUUCUAACGAGCAUAGAUAAGAUUAGUCUAUUAUACAAUAGACUCCCCCAUAGCUAUCCACAUAGAUCAAAAUGCGUACCUUAUUUUAUAACAACUGGUAUCUGCAGAUUACGGCCAAUUCGAUUGAUCCUAUUCGGGCCGACAUCUCAUCGAGGAAAUAAAAAUUAUAUCGGAAUACGUAGAUUUGUUGUUUCGCAACGGUGACAACGAACAUUCGACACGAACGGAACCGAGAACCGCGUCGUUUUUUUUUGGAAGUGUAACAAUAAACGGGACGAUGCCGUAUUUGAUCGCAGGGAUGUUCAUUGAAUUUAAUUAGACGCGCGAUAAACGUUUGUCCAACAGUGAUAUUUUCCUUAUUCGGUAAGUUUCGAAGAAAGUUAUUUGUACAUUGAUCACAGAUUCUUAAUCCUUUCACUGACACGUAUCGAUUGACGGUUAAAUUCCCCCCCGGAAUCGUCAAUGGUCGAGGAAGCUGAAAAAUUCGUGACACCAUCAUGGAUCUUCAAGACGUUUUAUUAAAGGCUUACUAUCUUUUUUUACAAGUAUUUAUAUUACGCACUAUAAAAUAUUUCUAACUUGUAAGUAUUUUUAUGGAAAAUACUAGGUAGAAGUAGAAGAACUCUUAUUUAUUUUAAUUUAUUAACUAUUACAAAUUUAGUUUAGUUUUAACAAAACUAGUCAGGUCUGUCUGUUGUUUUUUUUCUCUGAGUAACUUAUAUGCUUAUGAAAAAAAAAGAAAGAAAAUGUGAACAAACUCAAUCGGGAAUCAAAGGCAGCUUUGGUCAGUGAAAGGGGUUUAAGAAUAAGAAAAAGAAAAAGCAGAAAAGAGUUCGAAAAGGGUGUUCUAACGAGGAAGGAGAAUGUUUAUACAAAGAAAAUAUCCCGCUACGAAAAAAUUUGAAUUAGUCGUUAGAAAGAAAGAAAACGUCUGCUGCGCUCUCCUCCGGAAAAAAGGAAACGUUGCUCAACCAGGAGAAGGUAAACACAGAGAGAACGAUUGAAAAUCAAAUACGCAAGAUACACUUUUGCAGAUACCUGUACACCGUUCGUUUACGAGAAAAAAAAGAAUUUUUUGUCCCUAAACUAAUCGCGUCAUCGCUCUCUUCGAAUAAAAAACGAUCACGCGCCCCGCCGCGCGUUGCAUUCUGUUUAUCUGCGGAUGUUCUCUUUUUAUACAUCGUCGAAAUGUAUAUCAAAGUGACCGUUUAAACGAUAUCAUGCCAAACCAAACUCUGUCUCUCGAUCACUCCAUCCAUUUUAUCUCCGAUACAUUCUAUAGAAUCUAAUUAACUAUUAACACUACUACUAAAGCUAAGCUCUACAAAAAACGAAAUUUUAAAACUGUAUCAAAUGUUUAUAUGAAAUAAAUUAUGAUAAUGCAACA